CUUUUUCUCAUCAGUGUGACACUGAACUUCCGUUUCUUUAGGGAGUCAAUGCAGCAGCAGUCAUUUCGAGAUUUGUUUCUUUUAAAGAUUUUAAGCUUUUUAAUUUAGGAUCAUGUUAUUAAAUCACCUACUCGUUUUACUUAUUUUUCUUCUGACCUUCAAAACAGGGUUCAGUGCUGAGAUCUCUGUGUUUGUUCAGACGGGAGAUUCUGUUCAACUGGAGAUACAGACUCAAGAACUACCAGAGUUUGAUGAUUUAUCAUGGAAAAAUGAAAAAAACAUUAAUAUAGUUAAAUAUUUUCAGAACUCAAAAGAAGUAAGACCUCACUCUUCCUACAAGGACAGAGUGGAUUUCAAUGCUAAAACCUUCUCUCUGACACUGAAGAACAUGCAGAAGACAGACAGUGGACUCUACACAGCACAAAAACGUGGAGAAUCAGACUACAAUAUUGUUACAUACAGAGUAUCUGUUAUAGAUGCAGUGGAAGCUCCGGUCCUGACUGUAAACUCAAACUCAUCCAGUCCUGACCCCUGUUACUUUACAUGCAAAGGAAGUAACAUUAUCAUCAGCUCCAUCUAUAAUGGUAGCAGCUGUUCUUCAGAAGAAGUGAUAUCCUCUGGUAACUACACCCUAAGACUGAGCUGCACUGGUGACUUCAUCACGUGUAACUACAGCAACCCAGUGAGCUGGAAGAAAGACACAAAAACGGUUAAUGAAAUCUGCACUGUUAAAAAAGCAGCACCUGCGUUUCCCCUUUGGGUCCUUGUUAUUUGUCUAAUCACAUUGGCAUCAGCAUCAGCAGUGGCGGCAGUGAUCAGCUUCCGUAUUUACAAGAGGAAAAAAGGCACCCAGACGAAUGAACAAACAAUCUAUGCAGAAGUUAACGAUAACAUCAAGCCACAAAAUUCACUGGAGAUGUUGGAGAAAUCAGAGUAUCCUCAGACAGUGUAUGAUACUGCUGGAGAUUCAGGACAGACUGAUGUUACCAACCACACCAAACCCAACGACGACCCUAUGAGUCAGAGUGGAUCACUCUCAGGCAAGAGCAAGCCAAUGACUAUCUACUGUGCUAUUCAGCAACAACCAAAACCCCCCAAAACUGAAACUGAUCACACUAUCUAUGGUGUGGUUAAUAAACCAUCAGCCAAAUAUGAAUCUGCACAUCCACAAUCAGAAUAAAAGUGCACUUUUAAUGAAGCUGAACCCUUUAGCAAUACAGGACAUUUAGGAAGAUAGUGUUACUAUAAAUGUAAAUAAGAUGUACAGUAUAUUUGUGAUGUGCAAUGUGCUGUUGUCUUUUUUUAAAGCUGCAGUGAAUGCAUUUUUUAUUGUAAAAUUGUUGAAUAUGUGGCAAAAUCUCAUGUGUUUUCUGUAGAUUCCGUUGGAGAUUUCACCCUCUUUGCAGGCAACACCUGAGAACCACUUCCUGGAAAGUAUCUGUCAGUCUAUAAGAGUUAUUUUGAAGGGUGGCAGGGGGUUCAUUUGCCCAUUCGCCCCCAUCCCUGAAAAACACAGUUUAGUUUACAGAAAAAUGUGAAAAGGUAAUCAAAAAUGUACUGUACAAAGCCACUUUGCACAAAAAAUGGACCAAGUGCAUGCAGUACAGGCAUCUGUUUACUGUAUCCAGUGGUUCUAUUUGCUUUUGAUGUGAUGCUCGUGUCUGGUGUGUCAGCCAUUAAGGGCUCGACACAACACUUUGUGUUUUAUUGAUUUCCAUUCUUACAGAUUUUAAUUUUCUUUAACUAUGAGGAGGACUUUUUGUAGAGAAAGCCAUGAAACUUGUAGGAUGUUUUAAUGCUCUUAUAUGUGAAAAAAUCAAAGAAUGUGAAAAACAAAUUAA